GAGCACCGCCACUCCUUCAUUCCUCCUUCAUACUACCACGCACACCCCCAGGCUACUGUCAAUCGUUCAACACAAUUUACCAUGGAGAAGAUCGCGAAAACUUUUUACAACUCUCUUUCACGCCUAUUUUUGCUCUCGCCCGGUGAUAUCUCAAACGAUACGGCGUGCUUAGACCACCUGGACGCAGACGCGGACGCUGGCCAUCGCUAUCGUCAAGCGGAGGAAGGAGAGUCGGAUUGCUAUUCGACGCAAGCUCCAGUGGAUACUUCAUCAGAGUCACGCUCAAGCGAGGGUAGCCGCGUGAGGCGUGCACGGGCGAGCAGCGCUAGUGCUGUCGAAGGCAACUACUGGAGCUGGGGCGGCCCGAGUGCGGGUCAUUGUCUAAGGCGAAGGAGCACUGGCGAUGAACUGGAUAGAAAUCUGAAGAUGGACGCUGGAGUCGGACUCACUCGCACCUCCCCGGAUCUUUCCUGCCCUCUUUCCUGUCCCCCCAAUCCUAACGAUGCCCUAGACGCAAAUCUGUCUCUUUCAGCGACUCCUUCCUCUCACUUGGCGCUGGCUGGCUCAUUCCGUUUGGACUCACUUACGGCUUGUUCAUCGCUGCCGCAAGAGCACCAGCACGACUUCACUGUCAACAUUCAGGAAGAUUCUCUGGACUCUUGCAAUCUCGACGUGUCGUACGAACUCUCGCUAGGUAGCGACACCACCUCGUCUUCAGUAAAAUUUUGUCUCGAAGUCGAGGCACUGCUCGCACUCUCCGAUCUCCCCACUUCUGGCAACUUCAACUCCCAAUCUUCGUCAUCACCACAUUCAAGUAUAACCUCACCGACGAUCCGACACGUAACUGGUCUCGGCCUCGUCAAGGUGGACAACUCGCCCUUCUCCAGUCUGGGUCUGCUCUCUUCACUUCAUCCUUGCACGGGCACGCAAGAUGAGCCUGGUGUCGUAUCGCGGGAGCUGCUAGAAGAGCUCGAGCAAGUUUGGGUCGGGCCGAAGAAGCGUCCGCCAAGGGAUCUGUCUGCUGCUGGCACGAUCUCGAGUGACAUGAAGCGGGUACAGACAGCGAUGGAAAGGAGAGCCAGUGUGGUGGUAUCGAAAGCGCUCUGGCGCUGAGUCGUGAUGGGCCUCUGGGUAGAUGUUGCAGUAAUGCUUCCGUACAUUUGAUCAUUUGAGCAGUCGUUCUGCUGUGCAUCUGUUUCCGUGCAAUGUGGUCUCCGGGUGGACAUAGUAUACCAUGUCAGGACAAUCCACGUCCAGGAUCGCCACGUUGUUGACAUGGCUUUGUACACGUCCUCGAGGUUUUUGAGUCCGCAAACGAGACAAUGUGGGAACUGUAAGCAGUCCCGGUCUACAUUGUCAGCUCGUACAGUUAUAUAGGCGCACAGGCUUUGUGCACGCCGUACAAACCUACCCCGUUUCUUGGUACGGCUCAUCUCGCUCAUGUUAUGAUUCAGGAACCACCUCUUCGCCUUUCCUCUUUUCACAAGCUAUCGACGACCACUAUUGACGGCGCACCCCUCUUCCCCUCCCGAUCCUCCGUACCUGACACACUCGUGCGCUCCUUCACGUGCCCUCUCGCGGAGACUCAUCGUCCCAUCACCAUUAUACAGGCGCAGGCCGCCCUUCAUUUCAUCUUGACCCCCUGACUACUGCACCACCACCCAUGCAUUUUACUCUCAAACUAUCCGCUGCCCAAUCCCCACCCCAUGCACUUCAUUAUGCGUGCGGCAUCGCGGGUAUCCGAUGGGAACAGCGGAUGAACGCCUUCUCAGAUGGCAAGAAUGUGCAUAUGGACGUUUCCGGGAUGGAGCUGCAUUUGAAAGCGAAAGACGUGCAGACGUGCACCUGGGUGUUUCCAGCACGGGGUCCCGACGGUCCGCCGAUUACUCGUUCGAGAUUGUAUUACCCUCCGGCCGUCCCGCAGCAAAACACGUACGCACCGAAGGUCCGCAGCCCCCUCUCAAACGAGAUGCAAGUCGAUGAAGGCGCAGACGAAGAUAAGGACUGUGUGCCGAUGCAGAUUUUGCUGUCGCUACCUCGUCAAUCUGGAGAGAAAUUGGCGACUCCAUCAAGCCCUCGCUAUCCUUCCAAUCUUACUCGGAUAUCUGCUGAGAGGCCAAACAACAGGUCUCGUCGUGCGGCAAUCUCUCUUCGAACAGUCUGACGGCCGUCCUUCCUUGUCUUGUAUCAACUACCCACAUUCAUCUCAUAUCCGACAAGCAACGUCCAUGCGAGUCCUACUCUGUACAACUAGCCUGUGUAUCCCUAGCCUUAACUGCACGUCUCCCUGAUUCCGUUUGUAUUCCUUGUUUCGUCAGACUAUACUAUCAUGCCGAAGCCUAGGCUGACCACACUGUGAUUGCCUCGGGGGUCCUGCCUUGGUCUCCCGUAAGACAGGUCGCUCCGAACACUUACUCCGAAAACGUGAAUC